AUGAGUGAAAAUAUUGAUGAACAUAUUCUUAAAAAAUAUGAAGUCAUCUAACGUAUAGGUAAAGGAGCAUAUGGAAUAGUAUGGAAAGCUAAGGAUCUUAAAAGUCUAAAAAUAGUUGCACUUAAAAAAGUGUUUGAUGCAUUCAAUAAUCCUACAGAUGCUUAGCGAACAUAUAGAGAAGUAUGAUAAUGUUUAUAGAAUAUACUAGGUGACUUUCCUUAAAUAAUUAAAGCAUCCAAAUAUUAUAUCCAUAAUAGAGACUUAUCCUGCUAAUAAUAAAAUUGAUCUGUAUAUUGUAUUUGAAUAUAUGGAAACAGAUUUACAUAUAGCAAUAAGAGCUAAUAUAUUACAAGAAGAACAUCGACGAUAUAUUACAUACUAAUUAAUUAAAGCAUUAAAAUACAUACAUUCAGCAGGAAUGAUACAUCGGUAAUUCAUUGAUUUUAACAUAUAGUGAUCUUAAACCUGCUAAUAUUUUAAUUGAUUCUGAAUGUUAAAUAAAAUUAGCUGAUUUUGGUUUAGCACGUAUGGUGGGAUCACAUGAUUCUGAUAUCUUAACUGAUUAUGUUGCUACUAGAUGGUUUAGAGCACCAGAGAUUCUUCUUGGAUCUAAAUCAUAUUCUUAUGGAAUUGAUUUAUGGUCUGUUGGUUGUCUUAUGGCAGAAAUGAUUCUAGGAAAAGCAUUAUUCUCUGGUAAUAGUACAAUUAAUUAACUUGAAAAAAUUAUUGAUAUACUUGGUAAUCCUAAUCAAUCUGAAAUACUUGCUAUGGGUGGAUAAUCUCAAAUAUUUUAAAAUCAAUUCAAAACAUCCAAACAAAAACUUUAUACUUUGCUUGGAUGUUCUCAAGAUGAAUUAGAUAUCAUUACUUAAUUACUCUAAUAUGAUCCUACUAAAAGAUUAAGUAUUCAAGAUUGUUUAAAACAUUCUUAUUUUAAAGAAUAUCGUAAUAACAAAGAAGAAAUUACUUAUCAUGGAUCUAUAAUGCUUUAAUUAUAAGAUGAUAAGUAAUAUCCUAUCUCUACUUAUAGAGAUGUCUUAUAUAAAAAAAUGGAUUAUUCUACAAUCAUUACUUUAGUUAAUAAAUAAAAGAAAAUUGUUGAAGAAUUAGCACUCAAAAAAUAAUAAAAAAGUUUUAAGUAACUUAUUCAAUUCAAAACUGUAUCAAAUAUUAAAUAGUAUAGAAGUACUUAAUUUCUCAAAAAUACCUAUUCAAAUUCUAAUCUAUUAGAUAAAACUCAUUUAAAUAAAUCAUAAUAAUCAUAACAAUAAUAAUUUAAAUAAUAAAACUCUACUUCUAAUAUUAAAAAUAAAUUGCGCUCUAUUUGUCAAUAAUCAGAUACUAGAUAAAGAAGUGCUGUAUCUAAAUAAUCUAAUUCUUCAUCAAAAUACAAUAUACUUCAUAAUGUUACAAAUACUUCUUUAAGUCCACAUUCUGCUAUUAAUUCAAGGUAUUUACCUAACAGAUUACAACAAAAACAUAAUGAUUUUUGA